CCUGCCUGCUACUAUAUAAACACACACUGAGAGCGGCUGUAUGCGCUACUCACACACCGAGAAAAGUGUAUGUGAAAGAGAGAGAGAGAGAGACGACAGAUAAUGUGUGUGUAAGUGAGUGAGAGAAGGAACGCUACCAGUGGAAUAGAGAGCGAGAGAGAGACGACUCACGGUAGCACCAAGUAGCAUCAGAAGACUCCUUGAGCUCACUAUCCAUCGGGCUCUGCUUCAAGAACUAACGGCAAUAAGAGGAUUAUUCUUGUUUUUUAAUUUCCUUUUUUUAAUUUUUUUUAUUUUCAUCUGCCUCGUGAGCAACACUUUACUUUUGAGAGAUUUAAAGAGGUAUAAUACGUUUUUUUUCUGGAAUAGAGAGUUUAAAAAAAAAACUUUCCAUUUCUUGAAAAGAAAAGCCUCAGUUUAUUUUCAGAAUACUUUCCGAGACUGUUUCCACGCGCUCUGGGAGCGGGACAAAUACUUGUCAAACUGAUUUUUUAAAAAUCCAUUAUAUUUUUUUAUUUGUCUUAUUUAGGGCAAUUUCAAAUCAAACCAACAUGAGAUUUCAAAACGUUAAUUCAUCCGUUUCCACUUUCGUUGAAUUAUCUCCUUCAUUCAAGUCAUUGAAGGUGACGUUUUGAGGAGUUAUAUAGGACGUUUUAAAUGCCUUUUAUUUCACCCUACUGAUUGACAGCCACACUUUGAAACUGUGGGAGAGGGGAAGUAGUUUAGCGCAUCACCUGUUGAGCUUCCCACAGGCCUACAACUCACUCAACUCAAAUUCAAGCCGAUCUAUUUCAACAACGUUUGCUCUAUCGCAACAUUUUUUUUUCACAGUUAUAUUUCCUAAUCAAUCAAUUAUAAUCAAUCAAGUCCCUUUAUCGAUAACCAUCGAUAUAUUGAAUUGAUCAUCUUCAGAGCAUUUCCAAUUCCAUCCCUGUAACCCAACUUCUCCCAACGACAUCGUGGUGAGAUCAGGGGAUUUUUCUCCCACCACCCCAAUCACCAUCACUCAGACACCGACCCUUCCUCGCCAUGCUAUUCGAUAACUUUGACCUGGUGUCAGCGUUGGCCACCCUAGCGGCCUGCGCGGUGUCCAUGGUCCUCCUCCUAGUUGUGUCCCAGCAACUCUGGCAGCUCCGAUGGACGUCGACCCGGGAUAAGAACUGCAAGCUGCCGAUGCCUAAAGGUUCCAUGGGGUUCCCCAUCAUAGGAGAAACCUGCCACUGGCUCGUCCAGGGGUCGGCGUUCCACGCAUCACGGAGGCAGAAGUACGGCAACGUCUUCAAGACCCACCUGCUGGGACGCCCCCUGAUCCGGGUCACCGGUGCAGAGAACGUCCGGAAGGUUCUAAUGGGAGAGCACACGUUGGUCAGCGUGGACUGGCCUCAGAGCACCUCGACCCUACUGGGACCCAACUCACUAGCUAACUCUAUAGGAGAUAUACACCGAAAGAGAAGAAAGGUGUUUUCCAAGGUGUUCAGUCAUGAGGCUCUGCAGUCCUACCUCCCUAAGAUCCAGCAGGUGAUCCAGGAGUCACUAAGGCUGUGGAGCUCCAACCCAGAACCCAUCAAUGUCUACAGGGAAUCCCAGAGGCUGUCAUUCCAGAUGGCAGUGAGGGUGUUGCUGGGGUUCAGAGUAGCAGACGAGGAGAUGAGACACCUGUUCACCACCUUCCAGGAGUUUAUAGACAACAUCUUCAGUCUGCCGUUAGACCUGCCAUUCAGUGGAUACAGGAAGGGCAUCUGUGCCAGGGACACACUCCAGAAGGGAAUAGAAAAGGCCAUCAGGGAGAAACCCCUCUGUUCCCAGGGGAAGGAUUACAGCGACGCACUAGAUAUCCUACUGGAGAGCGCAAAAGAGAACGGCACCGAACUCACCAUGCAGGAACUCAAGGAGGCGACCAUUGAGCUGAUCUUCGCAGCGUUUGCCACCACGGCCAGUGCCUCCACCUCUCUCAUCAUGCAGCUCCUACGCCACCCUGCAGUGCUGGAGAAGUUACGAGAGGAGCUCCGGACCAGGGGGAUCCUCCACAACGGCUGUCUGUGCGAGGGGGAACUGGGUCUGGAUACCAUCGUUAGUCUGAAGUAUCUGGACUGUGUGAUUAAGGAGGUGCUGAGGCUCUUCACGCCCGUGUCUGGGGGUUAUAGGACGGCCCUGCAGACCUUUGAACUAGAAGGGGUACAGAUCCCGAAGGGUUGGAGUGUGAUGUACAGCAUCAGAGACACACACGAUACCUCCUCCGUCUUCAAGGACGUGGAUGCCUUCGACCCCGACCGCUUCUCCCAGGAACGCAGCGAAGACAAGGAGGGACGCUUCCACUACCUCCCGUUCGGCGGCGGCAUCCGCUCCUGUCUCGGGAAACAGCUCGCCACUCUCUUCCUCCGUAUACUGGCCAUCGAGCUGGCCAGCACCAGCCGGUUUGAGUUGGCGACUCGGAAUUUUCCUAGAGUGGUGACGGUGCCGGUGGUUCAUCCGGUGGACGGGUUGAAGGUGAAGUUCUACGGUCUGGAUUCUAACCAGAAUGAGAUUUCAUCCGAUCUCCUAGCCGACAUCAAGACGGAAGAGCUACCGGGAGCCGCGGUGUAGAUCGUUGAUCUGGAUUGGACGAAGCAAGGAGGAAGGAGGAAGGAGGAAGGAGGAAGGGAGGUAUGGAGGAGAAAGGAGAGUGAAGAGAAGGAUGGAUGGAGGAUAUGACAGAAAUAACAAAUGAGGAUGGGAGACUGGGAGGGGUUUAGUUUCCUUUUUUUUCAUUCUAUUGAUGUCUUGGAAUGUCGGAGGUCUCCUUUGAACUCUAAAAAGGAACAUUCAGAAUUCCGAUUCCUUCUCUUUGUCGUUUUGUUGUCAGUUGUCAGAACUUUCUGGGAGAGAAAGAAGUACAGAAGCUGCCAAAAAAAGUUUAUAAUCUCUAUUCCUUUUGUUUUCCAAUAAAUAUACAAAACUAUGUAUGACUAAAUUGAAAACUUAUGUAAUAUAAUGAAUGAUUAAAAAAAAUAUAGAAAGUAACAUUAGGUGAAGUUAUGCGCAAUUAGGAAACAGAUUUGUAGAGAAGUGUAUUUGGAUGGAGGGAUGAAAGAAAGAAAGAAAGAAAGAAAGGAGGGAGGGAGGGAGAAAGGAUAAAACAGGGUAAAAUGGUUUAUGAACAUUUGAGAAGAGAGAGAGAGAGAGAGA